AGAAGAAACGCCAAGUUUUAAGCCCUAGCUUUUAUUUCUUUCUUCUUCAUCCUCCAGAGAGAUAGAGAGAGAUUGAUAGAGAGAGGAGAGAGAAUGGUGUUCUACUUCAAAGCCCGACCCGAAGUGGGUGAUUACACAAUCUUUAUGGGUCUUGAUAAGCAUGAGAAUGAAGAGCUUAUCAAAUAUGGCUUCCCUGAAGACAUCUGGUUCCAUGUGGAUAAGAUGUCUUCAGCCCAUGUCUACGUGCGACUGCACAAGUUUCAGGGAAUUGAUGAUAUAUCUGAAGGUCUGCUUGAAGAUUGUGCUCAGCUAGUCAAAGCAAAUUCCAUACAAGGAAAUAAGGUGAACAAUAUUGAUGUUGUUUAUACCCCAUGGCAAAAUUUGAAGAAGACUGCUUCCAUGGAUGUUGGACAAGUUGGUUUUCACAAUUCCAAAAUGGUUCGAACUGUGAGAGUGGAGAAGCGAAUCAAUGAGGUUGUGAAUAGAUUAAACAAGACAAAAGUUGAAAGGACUCCUGAUUUAAAAGCCGAGCGUGAAGCAGUUAAUGCAGCAGAACGAGCAGAAAGGAAACAACAGCUAAGAGAGAAGAAACGAAGAGAAGAUAUAGAGAGGAUGGAAAAGGAAAGACAAGCAGAGCUUAGGAGCUACAAGAAUUUGAUGGUAGCUGACAAGAUGACAUCUAACAAAGACAUUGCUUCAACCAACAAGUCUUUGCAAGAAUUAGAGGAUGAUUUCAUGUGAUGAUGCUGAAAUCGAGUAUUUCCCAUAUCAAUGGCAUUUAAAGAAUCUGGGUACUGCCCAGAGGCAAAAGGAAGAGAGGUAUAAAUUGAGAAAUUUAUGCGAAAAUAGAAAGGGGUGUUUCUAGUAAAACUGUCAUGCUAGAUCGAUUGUCGGCCUUGUAUCUCUUAAUAAUUUGUAAGCACAAAUGUGCACAUUUGCGAUGCAGGUGAAACGUGUUACUCUGUGCAAUAUGCAUACUUAAUUGGUGGUGUUGAUGAUAAAUGACUGGGUUUCUCCAUUGUUGCUCAGGCCUUGACGUAAUUUUUCUCCGGCUCAUCAAAUCUUUAUGACAAUCGAUAUUGUAUCUCUGGUGAUUAUAUUUUUGGAGUUCAAAUUUUAUUCUUUUUA